AUUACCUUAUGUCCAAGAUCGACCAGAUCUUAGUCCACAUCAACUAGUCUUUGAUACAAUUGAUUAUAUGAAUGAAUAUAAUAAGAAAGAUGACCCAAAUAGAUUGAUCGAUCGUAUUCCUUUUAUUUUUACCAAUCCAAAUGCCUUAUAUUACUUCAACAAUAAAAAAGCUCCAUCCGGUAAAAUUAUGACUAAUAAUUAUUCAGAAAGCGCUAGUGUAAAACAAUUAGGAUUACCUGAUGAAAUUCCAGAUAAAUAUGUUGAUCUUUGGACUGAUGCACUACAACCUUUCUUUGACGAAUUGGAUGCAAAUUUCACAAAUGGUCUCAUAAAUUUAAAACGUUAUGAUCAUCAUAGUGCCUAUUCUUAUUUAAGAGAAGUUUAUCUCCCCAAAGUAAUACCAUCAAAAUCCGCUUACUAUUAUGAAAUUAUUGAUGCUAUUGAAUUACAAGAAGCAGGCACAGGUGAAUUUCAUCAUUUUAGUUUUGUUACUGUUGCCAUUGAUGCGUACACUUUUAGCAGCCUUAACUAUAAUAUAAGCUGGAGUACAAUUGAUAAAGGAAUGCAACGGUUACCUAAUGCUUUCUUACCAAUGAUCAAAAAGGAAAAUAUUAAUCUGACUUAUAAUAGUGAAGUUUAUAAGCUGGAAAAAACAAAUGAUAGUAAAAUUGAAGUGUAUUGGAGAAAUAACGGAAGAAGUGUCUCCGAAAUUUUUGAUCGAGUAAUUGUCACUGUUCCGUUAGGUAUCGUCC